CCGCCGGCGACUGCCGCCCAGCCUUCGGGCUUCCCUCAUGGCAUCGGCAGCAUCCACGGCGACGUUCGCCGGCCACCUUUAUCCACUCCCCAGCACCACCCGCCUCGCCCCAUCCGCGUGCCACCCUCGCCCCCGCCCACUUCGCGCCGCCGCCGCCGCCACCCUCCGCGAGGUCUGCGUCGGCCGCGUCCCGGACCACGUCAUCCAGAGGGCCGAGGAUGUCGGGUACCUGGUGCCCACCGAGGUCCAGGAGCAAUCCCUGCCACUGCUACUUUCCGGCCAGGACUGCAUCCUCCACGCUCAGACAGGUUCUGGGAAGACGCUGGCCUACCUGCUGUCGAUCUUCUCGGUGGUAGACGUGGGGCGGUCCUCGGUGCAGGCGCUGGUUAUCGUCCCGACCCGAGAGCUCGGCAUUCAGGUCACCAAGGUUGCUAGACUUCUCGCCGCGAAGACUUGCAACGUCAUGGCUUUGCUUGAUGGUGGGAUGCUGAAGAGGCAAAAGAGCUGGGUAAAAGCAGAGCCCCCUGUAAUAAUUGUGGCUACCGUUGCAAGCUUGUGUCAAAUGGUUGAGAAGCGUGCUUUCAGUCUUGGAUCCAUCAAAAUAUUAAUUAUCGACGAGGUUGAUUUUAUCUUUGGAUCGUCAAAGCAAGUGAACCCCCUUCGCAAAAUAUUGAAUUCUUACACAUCAGCUUCCAGUCGUCAAACCAUAUUUGCUAGCGCAUCGAUACCUCAGCACAAUCGCUUUGUGCACGACUGUGUACAACAUAAAUGGACCAAGAGCGAUGUGGUUCAUGUUCAUGUCAACCCUGUACAGCCCAUGCCUUCGCACCUAACUCACACAUAUGUGAUCUGCAGUAAGAAGGAACGGUUGCAUGUUUUGCUAUCCUUGCUGGAGAGGGAUGCACCAAAGUCGGUGAUUAUAUUUGUCGCUCAACAGUCCGAGAAAUCCAAAAGGGCUGGAAAUUCUCCUUCAUCCACCCUUGUUGUUGAGUUUCUGAGAACCGAGUACAAAGGUGCCCUAGAGGUGCUUCUACUAGAAGAAGAUAUGAACUUCAACGCCAGGGCUACAUCAUUCACUGAGGUCAAGGAAAAAGGUUUCCUGCUGGUUUCUACAGACAUAGCGAGCAGAGGGUUUGAUCUUCUGCAGACCAGCCACAUAUACAACUUCGACCUCCCUAAGACGGCAACGGACUACCUUCAUCGUGCCGGAAGGACCGGGAGAGAACCGUUCUCCAAGUCGGAGUGCACCGUGACGACUCUCAUAACGGAGGAUGAGCGCUUCGUGCUGCAGAGGUUCCAGAACGAGCUCAAGUUCCACCCUCGACAGCUGCCCUUGGAAUCCAUGUUCACUUUUAGCCUGUGAGGCUCAUCUGGAGACCUGAUGUAAAUAGUUUUCCCUCCCAGUUUUUAUGUUGACUGGAUCGGGGGUUCUCUGUGUAUGUACGUACUAUUUAGAGUUCCAGAUCUACCUUGCAUUACACGAUCUAGGUACUGUACCUUCACAGCUUGACAGCAUAUCCACACAUGACAACUUCCGCUGUUAAUUUCAGUCAUCCACAAAGUUACAUUA